UACAGGAACGAGUUGGAGAGAGCAGUCGUGGGAUUCAAUGAGAACCUGACAUAUUUUGUCAAGUCUUAUUUCUUGUCGAAUGGUGUCAAAAUGAUCCAAAGUUAGAACUUUGUUAUUGUUGAUCCCUUAUGCAUUGUUGAUAAAUGAGAUUACUCUAUCUCGGUCGAAUUAUCCUACCCCAUAAUUUUUUCAAGCGCGAUUGUCUACACUUCCUUGUGUGCAAGUUAUUGCUUUUGAAUACUAAUACAAGAUGGUUAAUGCGAUGAAGGGCCUCCUGAUUUCCUGUGAUGUACCCAUGACACAAUUCAUCAUUAGCUUCAAUGCUUCACUUCCUCCUUCACAGAGGUUCAUCCUACACGUGCUUGACAAUACACACAUGUUUGUGCAGCCUCAUGUGGCCGAGAUGAUCCGAAGCAAGAUUUCGGAAUUUAGGGAUCAGAACUCUUAUGAGAAGCCACUAUGAUCCAUUUCGAAUUCUCCUUGUUGGCAAGAGAAAAAUAAUAUGCCCGAGAUUUGAAUCAAAACUCAUCUUUAAACUUGAUUGACAAUGUAGCAAACUGGAAUUUGUGAAUGGAUGUCUAUAUUUGGCUUGCUUGAUCUUGAA